AUGAGACAAGAAAACCAUCGUUUAUUAUCGCUCAUACUCUGUGGCCAUGUUGACAUCGUCCUGGCCCUCGCUGCCUCCAAAUCCACCAUGGAAACUCCAGCCCAUUCCAACUCCACAGAUCUCGUCCAUGGACACGGUCACCACCACCUCCCCGACCUAGACGGGACAAAGACCUCGGACGAAGUCAUCAUCCUAAUUCUCGGUGCAAUUGUCUUUCUCACCUUUGCACUGGGACUGGCAUUCCAGCUGUGCGAUAAACCGGUAUGGUUCCUCCGACGGAAACAGCUGGCCUGGCAGGAAUAUGACGAUGCAGAAAAUGAUGACUUUGGCCAGAUCCACCAGAUGGCGGAGUUGGACGUCGAGGCUGCCGCUGCCACUGCCGCCCAGACGUUAAGUGGCAUCACCGAACCCCUCCUCAAACCCGGUAGCAGCCACCAGCUGCAACUCCAUCCCUUUCGAGGCGCGACGAGGUACGGGACGAUUACGCAGCAUCAAGUUGAGGUUGGCGGGGUAAGAAAGAUGGUUCUUGUUAUCGAGGCGGAUUUGGUCGGGGAGCGGCCCUCGAUGCAGGAUGGUUACACGGAGUGGUUCGAGCGAUGGCGAGAGCGGAAUGGGAUAAAGGGCCCUACUGAGGCUACUGAACUGGCAUUUGGGGAGGGGGAUCUGACUGAUGAAGGGUCAUCGUUUGCCACGGCCGCUGUGAACGAGCCCUCCGCCAUUGAUGCGAGCCCGCCCUUGCUCGAGUUCGGCGAGGACCAGGACGAGUGCUCCGACAGUUAUCACACAGCCUGCAUGUGA